AUGUACACCAGCAUCGGCAACCUCACGUCCACGUCUGAGAAGUCCAUCAUCCUCUCCUCCUCCGGCGGACCCAUCACCGGCUCCGGCGCCGGCGGCCGGAGCAUCACCUGCAACACGCUGGGGUGAUCUCCCUUCCCGUGGUCAGCGGCGGAGACUGCCCAAGUCGCCGGCCAGUGGGUUCCAUCCGCCAUCCAAGUCGCCUUCUGCACCUUGAUGGGCUCAGAAGGAUCGGCCCCCUUCUCCCUCAUCAUCUUCAGCAUCUUCAUCUCCUCCCUCGCGUUGAACGCGUCGGAGCGCCGUCGGAUGGAAUCCGGCAACCCGUUGAUCCUCACCUUGAAUUCAUCGUACUCCCGCUUGAUCCGCCGCCGGUCCUUGACGAAAUCAGACCGCCGCUUGUUCUUCGUGGGGUCGCCCUUCACGUUGAAGUAGCUGUCUGGAUUUCUGGGCUCGAUAUCGUGCUUCCGGCAGAAGGGGACCCAGAUGGCAGCGAAACUUGCGGCCUCCGCCAUGGCCUCGAAGGUGAGAAGAGCGCCGCCGUCGUCGGAGACGUAGCAAGCGAGCUUCUCCACCGGGUAGUCGACAGCGAGGAUGGAGAGGAUGGUGUUGGCGGUGACCAGCGGCGGCUCCUUUUCUGGGUCGGCGGUGGAGACGAAGACGUCGACGCCGGGGAGGUCGGAGCGGCCGGCGGGGUUCGCCGGCGACGGCGAGUCGAACUUGUCCCGGAGCACGGCAAGAUCGGUGGCCCGGUUGAUGGGACAGAGCUUGGGGAUCUGGUCCAGAAGCCAUGAGAAGGCGAACCAGAGCUCGCAGACGAUGGACAUGCCCCAGAGCCAGAGGGCCUCCUCGUUGGGAUGCUUCACCCGCCACUGGAGGAAGAACCCUAACGCGACGAUGCGGACGGCGAUGAGGAGCCUGUAAGGGCUGAUGAUGGCGGUGGGCAUGGGGAUCUUGCGGGUGAGCGGCUUCCAUUGCUUGUCCAUGGCCUCCGGCGGCGGCCCACUGAAGUCGCUGUCGUCUUCUCCGGCGCCGGCGCCGCCGUAGCCGUCGUCCUUGGCCCAGAAGGCGUUGCCGUAGCCGUAGGUUCCCUUGGUCUCGAACAGCCACCGGUUGUGGUCGAACUCUCCCGUUUGGCUCCUCAUCAGAAGCGACUUGUUGGUGGACUUCAUAACCGACAUUCGGCGGUCCGUCUUCUGGCUCGCCGGCGCCGGCAGCGGCAGCGCCGCCCCGGCGGAGAACUCCGGCGGGUCGCCGUCGUCGUACUCCCCCACCUUGUACGGCUCCUUGCAUCCCGGGCACAUCCCCCCUCCCUUCUGCGCGUCCAUAUAACAAUCCCUGCAUAUCUUGAACCUGCACACGCCGAUCACCACUGCCGGAGUACCUCGCCGGUGCCGGAGAAGACGACCAGCGGAAAGAAUCAAACCUAA